AUGGCUCUCAACCACGCAGACGUUCCCAAGGCCAUCCCGCGUCCCGUCGAUGACGGUCUCGCCUCGCACCUCCUCGGCUCGUCGGUACCUGCCGAUCUGGCCCUCGGCUCCACAGACGGCACCCUCGUCAACCUGAACAAGCUGCCGGGCCUCACCAUCGUGUUCUGCUACCCCCGAACGGGAGCGCCCGGCGAGGCCGUUCCGGCAGAGUGGAACAACACGCCCGGCGCGCGCGGCUGUACUGCUGAGGCCUGCAGCUACCGCGACAACUUCUCGACGCUAGCCGGCCUAGGCGUGAGUGCCGUGUUCGGCUUGAGCGUGCAGGACACUACGUACCAGAAGGAGGUCAAGGGCCGCCUGGGCCUGCCGUACGACUUGCUGAGCGACGAGAAGCUCGAGUUUGUCAAGGCCAUGAAGAUGCCCGUCUUCGAGUGGGAGGGCAGGCCGCUGGUCAAGCGAUGCACGCUUGCAUUCAGGGAGGGGAAGGUGGAGCAUGUGUGGUACCCCGUGUUUCCCCCUGACGAGAACUCUGCCGAAGUUGCGGCAUGGCUGAAGAAAAAGACAGAGGGAUGA